AUGAAUAUUGAUGAAACACUUUCAACAAUGCUCACUGAUCAAAUCACCAAACUAACCCAAAAAUUCAAGGAAUCAUCUGAGAAACUGAGAAUUGCUCAGGCAGCUCAUGAAGAAAAAUAUAGGAUUUAUUGUACCGAAGUCAUUGCUCCGUUUAUCGAGAAUAGUAAAAUAUUGAUCGCUGAAGCUGAUAAAAGUUCGGAUGUCGUUGGAAGAAUGCAAGUCAGACAUUCUUCGAUGUUCACAGUCAAACAAAUGUUGGAAAAUGUGAGAAAAGAGGAUCCAGAACUAGCCAAACUUCAGUUUGAAGGUGAUGUUCUUUACAUUUAUACUUUGUUUAAAGGAGGCGGGUAUGUUUUAUUUGAAAAGUACCUCUCGGAUAGUGAAACUACAAGAGGCAUUUUUUGAGAAGCCUAACAUUUAACAAUAAAAAUUUCAUGAAACUUUCCAUAAUUCAAAAAUUAUGAAUACCCCGCCCCUUUGAAAUUUUUUGCAUUAUGCAUUAUUAUAAUAUUUUCAGCGAAAUUAGAUCAAUUUCUUUUGGAACACACUGCCAAGCUUCUACUCGAUUUUCAAAUGGAGCAACUCAAAUCACCACGUGACUAA